ACUUUGUGUGAAGAAGCGGUGAUCCUGAGAAAUAAAUAAUAAUGGGGAAGGACAUGUCCCCAUUACUUCUUAAUGUCUGACUGUGUGGGUCUGACAGACUGAGAACACAACAUCCGUAAGAUCGUGGCCUGGACCCUCUGGGAGAGCGGUUUCGCCGUCUUGCCUUUUCACCUGUUUUGCCCUUUCUCGCUCGCCGUCGUUGCCGUUCACGUGGGAGACGGGCUUGUUCGGGCGGGUGACAUUACCAAGAUGGCGGCACCCUCAGCUGCGAGCGCUGUGGACGUUCAGACUCGAUUCGGCCACUCGGUGAAGGGACUGUUGACCGAGAAGGUGACCAGCUGCGGCACGGAUGUCAUCGCCCUCACCAAACAGGUGCUGAAGGGUUCUCGGAGCGCCGAGUUCUUAGGACAAGCUGCCAGAAACAUGGUGAUGCAAGAGGAUGCCAUUCUGCACUCAGAAGAUAGUUUAAGGAAAAUGGCCAUUAUAACUACUCAUCUGCAGUACCAGCAAGAAGCUAUUCAGAAAAAUGUUGAACAGUCUUCAAAUUUGCGCGACCAACUGACUCACCUUCUGAAAUGAAGAGAGACUGUUGCACGGUGUUAAAGAGCUGAUAGAAACCACUGAGAAAAUACAUGUCUGAGGACUUAUGGAGACCCUUCCUCUAUUCCUUCUUCACCAAAUGCACUAUGGGACUGAUCUCAUCCCCAAAUAAUCUGCCAGUUUGUAAUGAUGCAAAGUGUACAUUGCACAGUGUACAAGAUUCUGACCUGCAAAUGGAGGAAACUCUUGGAUUUUUUCCAUCGCCAAUGUUGCAGUUAUAAAAAGCUGGCUAUUUUAAUGUAUCUAAUUGCAGACUGCAAUCCCACGUGUGCAUAUUUUUAAUGGAUUAAUUUUUCCAAGGAUUUACACUUCUGGAGAUCACAAAUGAAAUAUGUCUUGUUUUGUUUUAGAGUGCUUUAAAGGAUGAAACUCUUCUCUGUUCAGAGCUCAGUCAGAUUAAUCAGUAGGCUGAAAUUUUUCAUGUUUCAGGGCUGAGGAAUACAAUCUCAUGGUAGUUGGAUGAGCACUAGAAAGCUGUUUGAAAAAGCUGCAUGCAGGUGGUUCCCUGUGUAUGGUUAUUGUGUGUAGGUUCAACCAUCACUUUGUACUGGCAUUUUGCAUCCCUGAGUAUGAAAAUCUAUCUAGUUUUACUACCUAAGUAAUUAAAGAAAGAGUUAGAGGACUGGAAUUUUUUCCCUCCCAACUUGGUCUUUGUUUAGUGGGAGCUGAGUGUGCAGAGAUGAAAUUUGACAGCUUGUUUAGAUUUUCUUUAAAAGACUAAGUUCAGCCAAUUUGCAAAUCAAUCAAUCUAUAUACAUCAA